AUGAAUCCUUGGGAAUCAUGCGCACUAGAGUACCGAUUCACACAGAACGGCACGUCGACAGAGGCUCAAGUCGCACAAUGCACUGAAAAAUCCACCACUUCGGAUCCUCUGAUCUAUCCCGGGCUCUAUGCCCCGAGCGGGCUGGACGUCAUGACAGUCCUGUUCCGCAUCUUCGCCAGGCCCAACCCACAGAUCGACCUGGGCCCCAUCGACUGCUCCGUCGCGCUCCUCGUCUGCGACUUGGCACUGCCCGACGCCCCCAUCGUCUACGCCUCAGAUCCCUUCAUGGAGAUGACGGGCUACCGGAUGAACGACAUCAGGGGCAAGAACUGCCGCUUCCUGCAGGCACCUGGGGGGAACGUCAAGCCACGCUCAGCCCGCAAAUACGUCGACCACAGGACGAUCAAGGAGAUGCGCGAGGCCGUCAAGACCAACAAGGAGCACCAGACUGAGAUCACGAACUUCAAGAAGGACGGCAGACCAUUCGUCAACAUCCUCACCAUCAUCCCGAUACAAUGGGACACCCAAGAGUUCCGAUACUCGGUUGGGUUCCAGCAUCAGAAGGAAUAA